CUCUUCUCUUUUUUUUUUUUUUUUUUUCUCUUCUCUUUCUUCUUCUCCCCUAUUCUCUCUUUUUUUUUCUUCUGUUUUCCUUUUCUUUCUCCAGACGCUCCCUCUCACUCUCUUUCUUUCUAUUAUGUUCCUUUUCAGGACAAGUUCCGGCAAUUGGUACUGUUCUGUUGAUGACCUUCCAGUGGGUGAUUUACAAGAGUUUUCCGGGGAUUUUUCCUAAGUUUCAAACAUGAAAUUAUCAAAGAUUUUCCGACAGUGGCCGUGUGUGGUGAGUUUGGCUGAUUGUAUUAGAUGAGGUUGGAUUUUGGGGGAUACGGCCAAGCUCUGUUUUGGGUAUUUUCUGAAGGGAGGAUAGACGAUGGUGAUGCUUCGGGAAAUAAGAUGAGAGGGAGGGACUCAGAAAAUGGCGGUUCCCAGAAAAUCAAGGCCGGCAAGGAGUUUCGAGGGAUUCGGCAAUUGCGCGAACAAGCGACUCUUCGAGGUGUUUCAUCCAUUAGGUCCAAGAAAGAGCUUAUAGAAAGGCUCUAUGAAGAUUCAAAAGACCAGGAUUUAGAGGAAAUUCCUAAAGCUAAAGAAAAAGAAAAUGAAAGCGAGAAGGAGAAGGAGAAGAUCGUAACCACAACCAAAAAGGGUGCAACGGUACUAGAUCAAUGGCUUCCAGAUCACAUAAAGGCUCCCUACCAUGUUUUACAACUGGGUGAUGAAAUAUAUGAUGCCAUGUUGAACUAGACGAAUGUUGGAGAUAACAAUAACAAAUUUUUUGUGAUUCAAGCUCUUGGUUAGCUGUCAAGUCCUUUACAAAAUUUUGGUUACUCUAAUAUAUAUGUUUUGAUUAAUUCAUUGUUAAGCAUUAAUUUGUGUCGACUAAGAAUUUAUGGCAAUAGUGAUGCUUUAUUGCUGUGUUUG